AUAUAAACUAUAAUACUAAUGUAGAAUAAUCAACAUAUCUAACUUUAAUCAGAAAUAACUCCAACCCCAAAUGAAGGAUAAUUAUCUUAAGUGGUUUAUCCAUCGCUUCAGAAUUAACAAAUAUAAAUUGGGUAACCUAUAUAAUUACCAAUUCCACCAUAAUAAAUUAUUCAUCAAGUGCCUUAUCAAUAAUAACCAUAUACCUCCUCUGAAUAGGCAGUUUACAACCCUUAAACUAUUUUAACAAGUAAAUUCAAAUUAUAUUAAAGUUUAACCUAUAUAUACUAAAUAUCCAAGUAUAAUAACUUGUAUUUACUGCUAAAAAUAAGUGUAAACAGUUGUAAAUUAUGAACCAGGCACUGGUACUUACUUAGUUGGAGGUAUAUUAGCAGCUUUAGGACUUUGGUUGGGGUAUAUCUAAAUUUAAAUUUAAAGUUGCUGUUUAAUACCGUGUUUCAUAUAAGAUUGUAAAGAUGCUAUACAUUUUUGUCCAUCAUGUCAGGCAAAUGUUGGAAAGAAGAGAUUUAUUUUUGAUUGAUUAAAUAUAUAUUAUGGAAUGGAU